CACCUCCAGCACAGCUGAGAUCUGAAGCCGAAUCCAUUCGUCAGUUUCCGCUCAAUCUUUCGCUCUCUCUCUCUCUCUCUCUCUGUUCCCCACUCAGUGUCUGUAACUCGUUGCAGCCCCUUUUGGAUCCAACCUUCCCCCCCACCCCCACACCCUCCUCUCUGCUCUCCUUUUUUUUUCUCUCUCUCCCUCUCUCUCCCUCCCUCCCUUUCAGCAAAGAUCUCACUCACCUUCUUCUUUUUGCCAUGAGCCGCAGGGUCGUACGCCAGAGCAAGUUCCGCCACGUCUUCGGGCAGGCGCUGAAAGCCGACCAGUGUUAUGAAGACAUCCGGGUGUCGAAGGUCACGUGGGACAGCACCUUUUGUGCCGUCAACCCAAAGUUCGUGGCCAUCAUCGUGGAGUCCGGUGGAGGAGGGGCUUUCCUAGUCUUGCCGUUGGGCAAAACCGGACGCGUGGACAAAAACCACCCUCUGGUGUGUGGACACACGGCACCUGUGCUAGACAUCGACUGGUGCCCGCACAACGACAACGUCAUAGCCAGCGGCUCAGAAGACUGCACAGUCAUGGUUUGGCAGAUCCCCGAUUACGUGCCGGUCCGCUCCAUAACUGAGCCCAUCGUCAUCUUAGAGGGUCACUCGAAGAGGGUGGGCAUCGUGUUGUGGCACCCCACCGCCCGCAACGUGUUGCUGAGCGCAGGCAGUGAUAACGCGAUAAUCAUUUGGAACGUGGGCACAGGCGAGGCUCUGAUAACCCUGCCCGACCUGCACUCUGACCUGAUCUACAACGUGUGUUGGAAUCGCAAUGGCAGCCUGUUCUGCACCACCUGCAAGGACAAGAAAGUUCGGGUCAUCGAUCCCAGAGAGCAACGUAUUACCACUGAGAAGGACAAGGCUCACGAAGGAGCUCGCCCCAUGAGGGCCGUCUUCACGUCCGACGGUAAAAUUUUCACCACCGGCUUCAGCAAGAUGAGCGAGCGGCAGCUGGCACUGUGGGACCCGGAAAAAAUGGCUCCUCAUGACGGUAUGAGACCGAUGAGAGCUAUUUUUACACGAGAGGGCUACAUCUUUACCACAGGAUUUUCCCGAAUGAGUCAGAGAGAGCUGGGGUUGUGGGACCCGAAAAACUUCGAUGAACCCAUCGCACUUCAGGAAAUGGAUACCAGUAAUGGGGUGCUUCUGCCUUUCUACGACGCCGACUCCAGUGUAGUCUAUCUCUGUGGCAAGGGGGACAGCAGCAUCCGAUACUUCGAGAUCACGGAUGAGCCCCCGUAUGUCCAUUACCUCAGCACAUUCAGCAGUAAGGAACCACAGAAAGGCAUGGGCUUCAUGGUGAAGAGAGGCCUAGAUGUCAGCCGCUGCGAAAUAGCAAGGUUCUAUAAACUACACGAGCGGAAAUGCGAGCCCAUCACCAUGACCGUGCCUCGAAAGUCGGACCUGUUCCAAGAUGACCUGUACCCAGACACAGCGGGUCCCGAGGCUGCCCUGGACGCAGAGGAGUGGAUUUCGGGGAAGAACGCAGACCCUACGAUCAUCUCCCUGAGGGAGGGCUACAUUCCACCCAAAAACCGAGAACUCAAAUUUGCCAAAAAGAACAUCCUGGACAAUAAACCGCCUCUCGGGCCGCGGAGAAGUUACUCCACCUGUGAUUCCAACUUUGCUCGUACAUCCUUGGAGGAGCUAAUGGACGAGAUCAAAACACUGAGGGUGAUCGUUCAAUCCCAAGAGCGACGCAUCACAGACCUAGAGAACAAGCUCUCGAAGUUCACCAACGGCAGUGCUUAAUGGCACCCUUCUCCCUCCCACCCUCCCACCUUCCCUCCCUCCCUCCCUCUAGCAUGCACUUCAAAGGCAUUAGUGCUUCAUUGCCAAUUCAACUCAACUCAACUCAUCAUUGUCCCAUCUCGAUAAUAACUGGUGGCCAAACAAUAGCAGCUCUUGUAACGAUCUACAUAAAAGUACACGCAUUCGAUUUAACGUCUCAAA